CUGUCAGUUCAUAUGGCUAACACUACUGUACAGCACCUGCUUAAACAAUAAAGAGAUGUGGCAGCCUGAGGACAUUGCGCUUUUUCAAAAGGAUACAUUUCCGGCGAUUACACAGCCAUCAUUUUAUGGAAAAUGAGAAUACAUGGAGUCAUUUGAAAGCCACGCGUUUUCUCCCACAGUUGGAAGGCAGGUAUCUUCCUAUAGCCAGGCGUCGCACUGGGAAAGCAUCACUCAUUGGCGCCACCGCCGGCUGGUGAUUUAGCAUGAAUGCUACCUAACUAAUGUACAGCACGCAUGUUUGUAUAUCCGUAGAAGCAACGCAAGGAGACGGAAACAGGUUGUUCCUUUAAUUCAUGAGUUGUGGGUCCCCACCUCAUGGGUCGUACACACACGUCCGUUCAUAGGGCAGAGCCUCCAGACGUGAACUCUGAAGUGACUGUUCUGUGUCAGCUCAUAAUUCCCCCUGUCGUUGUGAAAAGAACGCUGGGACAACGGACACUGCUUUUUAAAAUCGACAUUCAUUUGGCGUCUGUGGAGUGUGGCGCGCCCUGUAUUCCGUAAUUUGGCUUAUAGGCUGGCAAUAGAAGCUUCAGGCAUGGACUGUCCGGCAGGAUAAAUGAUGUGGACCAGCUCUUCAGACAGAGGACCGACCCAAGCUUGUCACACCACAGGGUUGUGUGUCACAGUGGACGGAGUAUGUUAACACUGAUCAACCCUCUGACCUGACGCUCCUCCUAACCGGCUCCACACGCUCAUCAUCCGACUGUGAGGACUUCGUGGCUUUGUCCAUGCGCCUGUCCCCAUUUGUGUAGUGUAUGUGGUAAGCCGUCAGUGUGUGAGAGGACCAGCAUUGGACAAGCCAUGACGGGACACGUCUGUGUACUACCGGCUCAUCAAUUAAAGGAUGUCUGUAUGAAAUGAAGUUAUAUAACUUCAUGUGCAGCAUUGGUUAAAACCAAGAGCCCCCCAGCGUUCCCCCAUAAAGGAUCAUUUAUUUACUGCACAUAUGCAAUAUGUACAAGUUGAUGACUGAACAUUACUGUAUGGAACCUUAUCUGAGCUUCAUUUGGAUUACUGUUGGCCCUAUAGAGGCACCUGUGAUCACAUGAUUUAACUGUGUUUAAAAAUCUCAUCAGUGGGAUUCAUUUUUUGCUCAUUUUGCUGAGCACAGACUCCCUGGAUACUUCCUCAGGGAUCUGCUGGUGCUUACUGGACUCCACUUUAAGAGCCACCGGUUCCAGAUCUGCUCUCUGUGCUCUUGGAGCUAACAUUUAUCAAAACUCUUUCGAUUUUCUUUCAUCACAUUAACACAAAAAGUUUUUGACGAUGCACUGAAGACUGAACUGGAAGCCUUAGCAAGAGUCAAGUUUACACAUUGUCAGCCAUGCCUAUCAGAAAAAAAGACACAGCUCGCGCCUUGGGACUUUUGGAGGAGUACUGCACUAAACUAAGGAAGCCAGAAGAGCAGCAGCUCAAAACUGCCAUUCAGAGAGUAUUGGGGAUUUUCCAAAGUAACCUGUUUGAAGCGCUUCUUGAUAUCCAGGAGUUCUAUGAAGUAACACUGUUAAACACGCAAAAGAGCUGCAAGCAAAAGCUGGAGGAGGUCAACCACAUGGCGGACAAGUGGGAGAAGAGUGCUUCUAUACAAAACUCUGAGCUUGCUCAAUCUGCUUGUCAAGUGGAGGAGCAGAGGGAGCAGAGUAGCUCAGAACCCAGUGGGAUGGAGCAGGAAGAGAGCAUUACUAAGACCUAUGUGAACAGGCCACCAGCAGUACAGGGGUCACCCCACAACGGCCAGCCCCCACCCUGCAUGAACCCUGCCUUGAUGAACGCCCCCUGGCAGUACCACUACCAAGAGGAUGACUCGCCACCUCUUGAUCAGGGAUUCCCGCAGCUUACCAAUGAGGUGCGCGCCCCUGAGCUUGUGCACGUGUCCGAGAAGAACCUGUCUGAGAUUGAGAAUGUCCACGGCUAUGUCUCCCAUUCCCACAUCUCUCCUCUCAAGCCCGCACUGGUUACCCGUUUUGAUCUUGCAUACCCGGGUGUGACCACAGCAAACUACAUGGCCAGCCCUGCUCCGAUAAUCGUCAACACAGACACUUUGGAUUCAGUUCCUUAUGUCAACGGCACAGAAAUUGAGUAUGAGUUUGAGGAAAUCACUCUAGAGCGGGGUAACUCAGGGUUGGGUUUUAGCAUUGCCGGAGGCACAGAUAACCCACACAUUGGUGAUGACCCUGGCAUCUUCAUCACCAAGAUCAUCCCUGGAGGAGCUGCAGCAGAGGAUGGACGCCUGAGAGUAAACGACUGCAUCCUGCGGGUGAAUGAUUCAGACGUGUCUGAAGUUUCUCACAGUAAAGCAGUUGAAGCCCUGAAGGUUGCAGGCUCUAUUGUCCGGCUAUAUGUGCGGCGCCGCAGGCCAAUGCUGGAAACCAUCAUUGAGAUCAAACUCAUCAAAGGACCAAAAGGGCUUGGCUUCAGUAUUGCAGGUGGAGUCGGAAACCAGCACAUCCCUGGUGACAAUAGCAUAUACGUCACCAAGAUCAUUGACGGCGGGGCAGCACAGAAGGACAGUCGGCUAAAUGUUGGAGACAGGUUGCUAAUGGUGAACAACUACAGUCUGGAGGAAGUGUCUCAUGAAGAAGCUGUUGCCAUUUUGAAGAACACGUCAGAUGUGGUGUACCUAAAGGUGGGAAAACCCACCAAUGUCUACCUAUCAGAUCCCUAUGGGCCGCCUGACAUCACACACUCUUUCUCUCCAGCAAUGGAAAAUCAUAUCUCUUCCCCCAUCAACAGUGGCACUCUGGAGUAUAAAUCUGGUCUCCCCCCUAUCUCCCCCACAAGUUAUUCCCCCCUCCAUAAGCACUUACUGGGAGAAGAGGAUAUAAACAGAAAUCCCUCACUGGAUGACGGGGAGGGUCACAGGUUUGAUUCGCAGCACUUCCAGCUGAGGCCUCCUGAGCCAGUUUACAGCACUGUGAACAAACUUUGUGACAAAGCACCCUCCCCCCGACACUAUUCCCCAGUGGAGUGCGAAAAAAGCCUCCUCCACUCAGUCCCCCUCCCAAACUUUCACUUAAGCCUGUUCCCUGAGUCGGACUUCACCAGGGAACCCAGGAAGGUCGUGCUCCACAAAGGCUCCACAGGCCUGGGCUUCAACAUAGUGGGCGGUGAAGAUGGCGAGGGCAUCUUUGUGUCCUUCAUCCUGGCAGGAGGGCCUGCUGACCUGAGCGGAGAGCUGAGGCGAGGCGACCAAAUCUUAUCGGUAAAUGGCAUUGAUCUCCGAGGAGCAACACAUGAACAAGCUGCAGCAGCACUGAAAGGAGCUGGACAGGUGGUCACCAUCAUUGCCCAGUACAGACCUGAAGGUCAGCAGCAGCACUAUCUACUCGAGGGCUGCAGAGACAGUGACUCAUGGUUGGAGACCUCUCAAUGUCUCAAAGGUGCCAAAUUCUUAAAGCAUCCAAGCCCUCGGCGCUCUGAACUUGCUCUAUGCUCACCACGACGGGCCCACUCUCCUGCACCAGAGUACGGGCGUUUUGAGGCCAAAAUCCAUGACCUGCGGGAACAGAUGAUGAACCACAGCAUGAGCUCUGGGUCAGGAUCCCUGCGAACCAAUCAAAAGAGAUCGCUUUACGUGAGGGCACUGUUUGAUUAUGAGAAGUCAAAGGACAGUGGCCUCCCCAGCCAAGGGCUCAGCUUCAGGUACGGGGACAUCCUCCACGUCAUCAAUGCCUCAGAUGAUGAGUGGUGGCAGGCCCGCCGUGUUACCCCGCAUGGGGACAGUGAGGAAAUGGGUGUCAUCCCAAGCAAGAGACGGGUGGAAAGGAAAGAGCGAGCGCGUCUAAAGACUGUGAAAUUCAAUGCCAAGCCUGGGUCAUUUGAUUCCAAAGGGUCAUUCAAUGACAAACGUAAAAAGAAUUUCAUCUUUACACGAAAGUUCCCAUUCUACAAGAACAAAGAGGGUGAACAGGAUGGCAGUGAUUCAGACCGAAGUCAAGAGGACGUGAUUCUCUCAUAUGAACCUGUGCUGCGGCAAGAAAUUCACUAUGCCAGACCUGUCAUAAUCCUUGGCCCAAUGAAGGACAGAAUCAAUGAUGAUCUGAUAUCAGAGUUCCCAGACAAGUUUGGCUCUUGUGUGCCACAUACCACUCGGCUGAAGAGGGACUACGAGGUGGAUGGGCGAGACUACCACUUUGUGAUGUCCCGAGAGCAGAUGGAGAAGGACAUUCAGGAGCACAAGUUCAUUGAGGCGGGACAGUACAAUGAUAAUUUGUAUGGAACCAGUGUCCAGUCUGUAAAAUAUGUGGCUGAAAGGGGGAAACACUGCAUUCUGGAUGUGUCUGGAAAUGCCAUCAAACGACUACAAGUUGCACAACUCUAUCCCAUCGCCAUCUUCAUAAAACCUAAAUCUAUUGAUUCAUUAAUGGACAUGAAUAAGAGACUGACAGAGGAACAAGCCAAGAAAACAUUUGACAGGGCAAUGAGGCUGGAGCAGGAGUUUGGUGAAUUCUUUACAGCCCUGGUUCAAGGAGACACCUUAGAGGACAUUUAUAACCACUGCAAACAGGUCAUAGAGGAACAUUCAGGACCCUAUAUCUGGAUCCCCUCAAAGGAGAAACUAUAAUAUCUCAUCACCCUGGAAGGGAGCCGGGACUGCUAGAAACUAGUAAUAACUUGUAACAUAUGAUAACUGUAUGGCAAUGAAUAGUCUUAAUAAUUAUUGUGAAUAUGUUUGGGGUUUUUUUUCUUUGUUUUUUUUUUUUUUCUCUCGUCUAUUGUUUGUUUUUUUGCUUAAUUUUU